AUGUUCUGGAAACUCGGUGCACCGGUGUUGAUCACAUGCUCGUGGGUGUGGAGCUUCUCGGCUUCGUGGCCGGCCGCCGCCAUCAACGGCAUGUACGCACAGAUAAACGGCGAAAUUGCGCGGAGCCCACAGUUUUACGCGCAAUUAACCGGCGUCUACGCGUUGCUCGACGUCACCGGCAAGGUCUAUAUCGGGUUGGCGGCGUUGCUGAACGCGUGCACCGGCUCGAAAUUGUUGUAUUUGAGA